GACGCCACCGGAUAGCGAUCCUUUCGCCUUCCAGCAGUAGCGCGUCCGUUGUCGCCUGUGUGGAGUGAUUAUUAGCGGUUUCGGUGUCGCGUACUGAGGUGGAAGCGGGACGUGUAAGAAAAUAACGUGCAGCGCAUCGGUUUUCGGUGUAAAGAGGCCGCCUGUUUGUAAUUCCUGUUGCUAUCGUUGUUUUCACCAUAAUUAUUCGUUGGCUUACCGGUGAGGGGACGUCGCCCUCUCUGUCAAGCCUGCUGUGAUUGCAUCGGGCUGGGAAUUGGACUUCAUAUCAAAGGCGGUGAUAUAGGAGCAAUAGACGGCCAGCGGCCACAGCAUUAUCGCUCUACAAAAUAAUGAAAAAAGUGAACCAACGUUCUUGAUAAGAUUGUGGGAUAAGGAACAGCCACGCUCAUGUUUUCUCCCGAUCAAGAGAACCAUCCUGCCAAAGCCCCAGUGAAGUAUGGGGAACUCAUUGUAUUGGGAUACAAUGGCUCUCUGCCAAACGGAGACAGAGGAAGAAGAAAAAGCAGGUUUGCUUUAUUGAAAAGGCUCAAAGCAAAUGGGGUGAAACCGAGCACUGUUCAUAUUGCCUGCACGCCGCAGGCAGCAAAGGCAAUAAGUAACAAGGACCAGCACAGCAUAUCCUAUACCUUGUCACGGGCACAAACUGUGGUGGUGGAAUACACGCAUGAUAGCAACACUGAUAUGUUCCAGAUUGGACGGUCAACAGAAAGCCCUAUUGAUUUUGUGGUAACGGAUACAGUCCCGGGAAGUCAGAGCAACUCUGAUACACAGUCUGUUCAAAGCACCAUCUCGAGGUUUGCGUGCAGAAUCAUAUGUGAAAGAAAUCCACCGUUCACCGCUAGGAUAUACGCUGCAGGCUUUGACUCCUCCAAAAACAUUUUUCUUGGGGAAAAAGCUGCCAAAUGGAAGACGUUGGAUGGACAGAUGGAUGGGUUAACAACAAAUGGCGUUCUUGUUAUGCAUCCACGCAAUGGAUUCACUGAAGACUCUAAGCCAGGGGUGUGGAGAGAGAUAUCCGUGUGCGGGAAUGUGUUUAGCUUGAGAGAAACGAGAUCGGCUCAACAGAGAGGGAAGAUGGUGGAAAAUGAAAGCAAUGAGCUUCAGGAUGGUUCGCUAAUUGAUUUGUGCGGAGCGACUUUGUUAUGGCGCACAGCUGAAGGGCUGUCCAGAACUCCGACCGUGAAACAUUUGGAAGCCCUGAGACAGGAAAUCAAUGCGGCGAGGCCUCAGUGUCCCGUUGGGUUCAACACACUGGCGUUUCCCAGCAUGAAAAGAAAGGAUGUCGUCGACGAGAAGCAGCCCUGGGUUUAUCUGAGCUGUGGUCACGUGCAUGGUUACCACAACUGGGGGAACAAAGUAGAGAGAGAUGGAAAGGAUCGAGAAUGCCCAAUGUGUCGCUCUGUGGGUCCUUAUGUUCCUCUAUGGCUAGGAUGUGAAGCUGGAUUUUAUGUUGAUGCUGGCCCCCCAACGCAUGCCUUUAGCCCUUGUGGACACGUGUGUUCAGAAAAAACAACUUCAUAUUGGUCUCAAAUCCCACUUCCCCAUGGUACUCACACGUUUCAUGCGGCCUGCCCGUUCUGCGCACACCAGCUCGCAGGAGAGCAAGGCUACAUUAGACUUAUUUUCCAAGGACCUCUAGAUUAGUGACUUAAGGGACCAGAUAAGCUAAGAAAAAGAUUGAUUUGCUUCCCGACUGUCUUUUUUUUCCUCCCCCAAAGUCAUCUAGACUUCAGCAACUUUGCAUUGGAAAAGACAACACUACUGGUAUUGCAGAUACCUUUUUUAAGGGAAAAGCUGUCUUGCGCCUUUUCUCUUGUUUUCAAGCAGACAUUAAAAAAAAAAA